AUGGCAACAUCAUUAGCAAAUCGAGUUAUAUCUUACUUUUUUAUAUUUGAUUUUUACCAUGUAAAAGGAUCAACAGACGAAAUUGAUCUUCUUCAAGAAUCAAUUAUUUAUUUUUAUCCACGGAAAGAAGACUUAAUGAGACAAAAACUUCUCGAUUGUGGAGAAAUUAUUGGUUUAAUACAAUAUUUUCAAUAUGAUCUAUUCUCAUCUAUACCAAAAGAAUUUAAUUUUAAAAAAUCACUUGUUGUAUGUCAGCAUUAUGGAAGACAUUGUGCAUUUUUAGUACUGUCUAAAGAUCGAUUCACUUCAGACGAAGCAAAUAUUCAUUUUAAUCAUAUUCUUCAAUUAUUCAAUAUGCUCUAUGGCACAUUCAAUCAUAUACACUCUAUUUAUCCAGAUAUUAAACUACUCCACAAGUAUCUUAAACAAACAUUAACACCAAUCACAGAAUAUAUAUUUAAUGAAAAUCGUUCAAUAAAAAAUCUUUUUUCAACUAUUGAUUAUGCACCAUUAAAAGAAAAUAAUCGUCAAUAUUUAUUAUAUAUUAAACACCUUUUAAAUCAUUUACAAUCAAAAUAUGAAAUUAAAGAUGGACUUUUUGCCUAUGAAAAAAGAAUAUUAUAUUCAACUUUGGAUAGUGAUACAACAUUUUAUUUACAAGCAAAUGAAAUAUAUAUUCCAUUAGGACCAGAAAUGAAAUUAAAAAAUGGUGUAUCACUUAUUCGAAUAUAUAUUCGUCGAUCAUUGAGUCUUCAACCAGUUUUCAAUGAUAUAAAUGCCAAAACUAAACCAGAUUGUAACCCUCAAAUAUCAUCAAAACCUAUUAAUAUAAUUAUGCCUUUAUUAUUCGAGAAAAAUGAAACAUCUUCAGUAAAUUUUGAUUCCAAUAGUAUGGGUGAUUCACUAUCUACUGGCAUUCGAGGACAAUUUAGUCCGGUUAUUCAAGAAUAUUCAUCUGAUUCAUUAGGAGAAACAACAAGUUUCGAUGCUGAUCGAACAGAAGAUAUUUCAUCUCCUAAGAAAACUGAAAUAAAUAGUAAUGUAUCAUCUGUGUAUAACAAAGAAUCUGCAUCAAUUCAACAAUUUUCAAAAGAUGAAUCCCAUCCAAUAUUUUCAUCUAAAUCACUGAAUGAGUUAUUAUUUGAUAGUCAACAAAGAAGAUAUCAAUAUGAACGAUCGUAUUCUGUAGCAUCUCUAAGAACAGAUAAAGAAUCACUAAGUUUCAAUGAUUCAAUUGAUAAAGUUACAAUUGUACCCGUAGAAAAAGAUGAUUAUGAAACUGAUUGUACUCAAGAAGAUAUAAUUUGUUUACCUCCUAUGUCAUCAUUUUCAAAUUUUCAUCGAACAAGACAAAGAACUAUAUCAAAUUCAUUGGAUUUCAAUGAUGUUGAACAUAAUGAUAGUGAUCAUUAUGAACGACAUGCUAAAUGGGGAGAUAUACCAGAAAAAAAUGAUGAAACUGAACAUGAUGAAGUAAUACUCUAUGUUCAACGAAAUUCACGUAUGACUUUUGCAGGAAUAAUGGAAAAAAAUUUAUUAUCAGAAGAAUAUCUUCAAAAAUUGUGGUGUUUAAUGGUGACCAAAAUGGCAGAUAUGGAUAGAGAAAUUCAAAUUAUUCCAACUGCUGGAGAAAUUAGUAAACACUAUAGUGAUAUUAAAUUUCAGUUUAAUGACAAUACUCGUCAAGCUCAAUUUGACCGAUUAUCGGAUACAAAUCGUUAUUAUUAUAAAACACCUUCUUCUGAUCAUGCAUGUAUGGCAGUUAGUGCUCGCACAAAAUUAAGUCAAAAUUCAGAACGAAAAAUGAUUGGACUUUCAGUAAUGGAUCUUACAGGUAAACAUGAAGUAAAUUUAAAAGAUCGCUUCGAAAAACAAAUAAGUGAUUAUGUUAAAAUAAAUUUAAAUGAAAAAGAAAAUAAUACAAUCAAUAUUCAUAAUUUAUUACCAGGUCGCUAUGAAAUAUGUGUGAAUUUUUUAAGUAAUAAAAAUAAAAAUUUUUAUUAUCGUUCAUCAACUAGUUGUUUAUAUGUACCAUGGAAUACACGUGAAUAUGAACAAAAUCAAGCAAAUCUUAUGCAAGUUUUACUUAUUAUUAGUAUUAUUAUUUUAUUAGCAACAAUUGUUUUUUUUAUAUAUGCUGUACAUCAAUAUUAUAUACCAAAAAUAUGUCCAAUUGUUACAGAUGAUAUGGACGAAAAAGAUGAAGUUACGAAUAAUACUGAACAUGCUAGAUUACUUGUUAAUAAACAUUUUGUACAGGAUGUUAAUCCAUUUGAAUCAUUAGUUCGAAAACGUAUUCAUCAACGUUAUGCUCACCGGCCACCUGAUACGAAUGAUAUGUGA